AUGGGAGUGAUGCGCAGGAUAAGAAUGAGGCAGGAGAGUGGUGAGUGUCAGAUUGGGAAAUGGUUGGAGCACGGUGAGCUUCGACUGCAGGAGCAGUGGCGAUUGGUGAAGUGGGUUGGUCAAGUGAAGAGCAAAGUGGGGAGUGUAAGAGGGAGGGAUGGAGAGAGAGCAGAGCUGCUGACAGCCGGCUUUCACCAGCGCCAGGAAACAGGAGUGCUGCUGAUCUUCACCUGA